AUGGAAGCGGCCCAAGAGAAAGCAGCCUUUCUCUUUGCCCGAACUGGGCAGGGUUUGGAGGCCGCAAGCCAGCCACAAAAGAGCAUGUUGUUCCAACACAAACAUCUAGCAAUCCAAUCCAAUCCACAAAGCAAGGAGGCUUCGAUGGCCAGGAUGUGCGGCGGCGGCGAGCCGGCGGUGCGCAAGGGCCCAUGGAUGCUGGAGGAGGACCUCAUCCUCGUCAGUUACAUCUCCCAGCACGGGGAGGGCUCCUGGGACUGCCUCGCGCGCGCUGCUGGCCUGAACCGGAACGGGAAGAGCUGCAGGCUGCGGUGGCUCAACUACCUGAGGCCGGGGGUGCGGCGCGGCAGCAUCACACCGGAGGAGGACGCGGUCAUCCGGGAGCUCCACGCGCGGUGGGGGAACAAGUGGUCCAAGAUCGCCAGGCACCUCCCCGGCCGUACGGACAACGAGAUCAAGAACUACUGGAGGACCAGGAUCCAGAGGAAGCAGCUGGCCGCCAAGACCCCGCAGCAAGCGUCGUACAGCUCCAAGCAGGAGGACGCCAUGGCGCCCACGUCGUAUGCGACGGCCACGGCCGACAGCGAGGGCGCGUCGUCGUCGUCGUCGGGUGCGAGCCGGAACAGCUCCGCGGCCGGAGACUGGUACAUGCAGACGAGCUACCCCUGCCCCGGUCAGCAAGCGUACUGCCAGAAUGCCAUGGCCGUCAGCGAGCGCGCGUCCUCAGCGUCAACGAGCCAGCCCCCUGGAGGCUGGUACUUGCAGACGGGCUGCCCCAAACCCGAGCUGAGCGUGGUCGCUGGCCGCCUCGAAAUGGUUGACGCGGACGCGCUGACGACGCCGUUCUUUUUGUCCGAGUUCUGCUACAGUUUUUGGAACGUCCUCGACAAUUUCUGGGAGACGAUACCGGUUACAGAGACAUUCUAACACCAUCUACAA